AUGGAACUCAAAGUAGAAUCCGAAGAAAUGGACUGCAACCAGCCACCCCCAGUUGAGGCUUUUGCGCAAAACUCAACGCUGCACGGAAUUUCGCACAUUUUCACCUAUGAGAGGGUCUGCAUCAAGCGCUGUCUAUGGGUCGUGUUCUUCCUGGGCUCCUUGACUUUCUUACUGUUUGGGUGCGUGGACCGAAUACACUUCUACCUGGAGUACCCACACGUCACCAAACUGGACGAGAUCUCGACCCCGGUGAUGGUGUUCCCCGCUGUCACGUUCUGCAACCUCAACUCGUUCCGCUUCAGUCGCGUGACGCGCAAUGACCUGUACCACGCAGGGGAGCUGCUAGCGCUGCUCAACCAGAGGUAUGAGAUCAGGGACACCCAUUUGGUGGAGGAAAGUGUUCUGGAGACCCUGAAGGUCAAAGCUGACUUCCACAACUUCAAGCCCCGCCCCUUCAAUAUGCGUGAGUUCUACGACCGCACAGGACAUGACAUCAAGGAAAUACUGCUGGCGUGUCACUUCCGGGGUGCCGAGUGCAGAGCCGAGGACUUCCAAGUGGUCUUCACUCGCUAUGGGAAGUGUUACACGUUCAACGCAGGAGGCGAGGGCCGCACCCCUCUCAUAACUACCAAGGGAGGGAUGGGGAACGGUCUGGAGCUCAUGCUGGACAUUCAGCAAGAUGAGUACCUCCCUGUGUGGGGAGAGACAGAUGAGACCUCAUUUGAAGCUGGGAUCAAAGUUCAGAUCCACAAUCAGGAGGAGCCACCCUUCAUCGACCAGCUGGGCUUCGGAGUGGCACCUGGGUUCCAGACCUUUGUCUCCUGCCAGGAACAACGGCUGAUAUAUUUGCCCCCACCCUGGGGGGACUGUAAGGUGACAUGGAUGGACUCAGAAUUCUUUGAAACGUACAGCAUCACCGCCUGCCGUAUCGACUGUGAGACGCGCUACCUGGUGGAGAACUGUAACUGCCGCAUGGUGCACAUGCCUGGAGAUGCCCCAUACUGCACCCCUGAGCUGUACAAAGAGUGUGCUGAUCCAGCUCUUGACUUCCUGGUGGAGAGAGACAAUGAUUUUUGUGUGUGUGAGACGCCAUGCAACAUGACCAGAUACAGCAAGGAGCUGUCCUUCGUCAAGAUCCCCAGCAAGGCCUCUGCCAAGUAUCUGGCCAAAAAAUACAACAAGUCAGAGCAGUACAUAGCUGACAAUAUCCUGGUUCUGGACAUCUUCUUUGAGGCUCUAAACUAUGAGACGAUCGAACAGAAGAAAGCCUAUGAAGUAGCAGGACUUUUAGGUGAUAUUGGUGGUCAGAUGGGUCUUUUCAUUGGAGCCAGUAUCCUUACUAUUCUGGAGCUGUUUGACUAUAUCUAUGAGGUGAUAAAGUACAAGCUCUGUAGAUGCUCAGAGAAGAAACACAAGCACAGCAACAACAACGACCAGGGAGCUGUUCUGAGCCUGGACGAUGUGAAAUGUCACGUCAGUAACUUUCACUAA